AGAGAGGGCGAGAGCGAGCGAGAGCGAGCGAGGCAGGAAGUGGCCUGCAGGCUGAAGUGGUCUGACGUAUAAAGACAAACUUGUCUUCCUUCUUUGUGCAUUUGUCUUCACUCUUCCCUCUUGGUCACAUCAGAGUCUACCUGCACAGGUUGAAUUUGCACCAUGUCGUGGGAUGGAUGGAUCUGUAGUAUGAAGGCCGGUGACAGUCAAGGAGAGAGUCCAGUGGAGGAGGCGGCAAUCUGUGGCACCACAGCGGGGCAAGAAUCGGUGUGGGCCAGCAGCCCGGGCCUGGCCAACAUCACGGUGGAUGAAAUCAAGAAGUUGGUGUGCAGUAGGUCAGAGAUGCCCAUAAACGGUUGUUACCUGGGAGGAAAGAAGUGCCGCCUCCUCAGAGACCGGAUGGAUGAAGAAGGGUGUUUCUCCCUGGACCUGAAAACAAGUUCAGACGGUUCCGACAGUGGACCUGUCAACGUUUGUGUUGGCAGAACAAAAACAGCUGUUGUCAUAGCUUUUGGCAAGAAAGACGCUCCCGGGGGCAAGCUGGGCGACAAAGUCUUCAAAACCACUGAAUGUCUGCGAAAAUCCAACAUGUAAGACCGGACGGCCGCUGCCCUGCUCUUCCCUUUCCUUCGCCAACCGACAGAGACGUCUCCUCUGCAUCGACUCAUGAAAAUGUUUGCUGACCUUUAGGCAUAGUUCUGGCUUUGAGAAUCAAAAAUGUAAAUUUUCUAACCAUUUGGAUUGUGUGGUGAGCAUAAAGCUCCUGUCCGGUUGCCAGUGUUACUUGUAUGCAAUCACAGGUCUGUGGAAACACCCGGAAAUAAAAAGACCACGCUGUGUAUUCUUCCUAAA